UUUUUCUGCUAGACUUGAAAAAUGGUUCAGAUAUAGGCUUUGAGGCAGCUUCCAGUGUAUGUGGACAUCACGGUGCUCGGAUGGCAUCAGCAAUGGAGCUUCGUCAUGCUGUAGUUGAGUGUUCAUUCUCUGCCUGUGCACGUGGUUGGCUUACUGGUCCCAGCAUUGGGACAACAGUGUGCAGGAGUAUCUCUGGAAGCUUACGAGCAGUGGACAUGCAGGUGGAAAAUGUGACUGAGACAUAUGAAAGACUGGCUGUGUUCUGUGUAAAAGACACUGGGGCUCCCUGUGGAGGUCCACCCUCAUUUCCCAAUACACACCUGCAGGGACAGACAGGCCUGGAGUUGGGUGAUGAGCUUCUGUAUGCCUGCAACCCAGGAUACAUUCUGCCCAAUGGUGAGACAGCAUUCAGCCUGUUGUGUGACAGCUGUGGAGAGUGGUAUGGUUUGGUGCAACUCUGUGUGAAAGAUAAAGCUGAGGCCAUCAUUGACUAUGAAGACAAGCUCUCAGAUGGCCAUCAUCUCUAUGAUGAGGUGCAUCGCCUGAGUACGAUGCCUAGACCUACAGAUCAUGGAGAAGAGGAAGAGUCUACUCCUGAACCAGACCAUUUAGAACCAGUCUUGCAAGUGAAAGCAAUAGACAAGAUGGAGAAAAACACUGCAGUGUCUGUAACAGAGCCUCCAGUAUCUCAGCUAAGCCAAAAACACAUGUUCUGGUUCCCCUCAGAGGCUUUCCAGGAAGAAGAGCAUCCUCUUAUCACCACAGGUACACCUAUUAAAGACUCCACCUCAGAUGAGAGUUACAUAUUAGUUAAGCCUGGUGAAGACCAGUCAGAGCCUGAGACAGAGGAUGCUGAGGGUGGGUUUAUCAGCCAGCCUCCAACAGACAAACCUGCCAGUCACAGUGUAGGGGGUACUGUGGAGUCAUGGCUUGAUGGAUAUCCUGUUCACCAGGAGGAGGGAGCAGGUGGAGAGUCUACAGGGGAGACAGUACUAGGGCAGGGAGUGGACAUAGAGAGUGUGACAGACAGUUUAAAUGUGGAGGAUUUUAAAAGUGUGACCAACAUCCCAAAAGAGGCAAAUCUGGGAGGUGGUGAGCACAGACACAAAGAGGAACCAACUGAAGGUGUGUUUGAAAUGCCUGAAGAGCAAGAGUUUAGUAAAGUGACUGAUCAUCAAGAUGUGGGGGUUAAGAAUGUAACUGAAAGCCUUGGAGAAAAGAGUUUUAGGGAAGUAUUUUACAACCAAGAGGAAGAGUUUCACAGUGUGACUGACAUGCCUCAAACAGAUGUUUCUGAUGUAGUGUCUGUUCUUUCUGAAGAAACAUAUGCCGUUACAGAGACACCAGUAGUGGAGGAGGUGGAAAGAGAAGCCAAGAGUCCAGUGGAGAUAGAACAUGAGAAAGCAGAUGAUAUAUCUAAAGAUGAAUUCCAUGGAAUAUUUGAAAGAGAAAAUGAUGUUGAAUUGAGCCCCACUCCUUUAAUCAGCCACACUCAGAUCUCAGGUGGCCUAGAUGAAACAACUCUGAAAAACACACCCAGCACCGCUCCUGAGAAUGUCAGCACCAGCCAACAGGGGCUGGGUUUUGAACGCACUGCCACACCUUCAGGCAUGGCACCAGUAGAAACCACGCCUGCCUCACCAGUCCAUGUUAUUAGCAAUGUGGUCACACCCACAGUGAACGUCUAUUGGAAAACCAAAGACAUUGGCCAUUUCGAUAAUCAGACUCCCACUGUUGAUGAUGAUGUAGUUGUAGAAACCCAUGAGAAUCAGAGUGUGAUGGAAGGUGAUGUGGAUCGUAGCCUGGAUCAGACAGAAGACGAUGGAUCUUGCACUGUGCACCCUUGCCACUUAGCUGGUCAUGGGCCAACUAUUGCUGCUAUCAUUGUUGGCAUUGUAGCAGCAAUUGUGGGUGUGACCUUAGGUGUGUGGUGUUACAAAAGAAGGCAACAGAAGACCUCUCAUUAUCAGCUGAAUGGAACUAACAGACAAACACAAUGCAUCGAACUCCAGCAGACUGUGUAACCUGACACAAAAGGCUUACACAAACGGCACCUAUGUUUGAACAUUAUAAAGUACAUGCACCUAUAUACAUACUAAUAUACACACAACGUGGGGGGUGAGUAUUUCCUCAUGUCCCUUAAAGUAGAAUUAUCAUACUGGGCAGUGAGAGAAGUGUUUUAGUGCUUUGUUAAAACAUUUUAUUUUUUCAUUUUUGCAGUGCAGUGUACAUGUUAUUUCUUGUGUCAUACCUGCUUAUAUAUAAUGCCUAAUUAUUUCUUUUGGAUUUCCUUUCAUUGUGUGGACUGCAUUUGAAAGGCUAUUGAUGUUUGCGUUUGAGACGCUAGAUGCUUAUUGGUAUUUAAAUUUUACAGGAUAAUAACGUUUUUCAAAGAACUUUGUUUCAGCCAUAGCAGAUUCAAUAUAAUGUGACCAGUAAAGUGUUUGUACACUGUAAUAUAAAUGCUGAAAAUUGGUGUUUCAACAAACAGAGACAGUGAAACUUCACUGAGACCCAUCAGUGAAGAAACAAAUAUCAGUCACAUACAUGUGAGCAAGAGAUAAAUUAUAUAAAAUAGAAGAAUUAUAAUUCUUUAGGAAGUCUUUUAAAAUUGUGAUUAUAAUUUGCCAAAGUCAACAAAGGCAGGUUUUGUCUGAAAAACAUUGUUUAUAAGAAUCAGCAUUGGCAGAAAGGGCAGGAGCAGGAAAAGGCAUCACAAGGACAUACAAUAAGUAGCCAGGAUCUCAAAUAAACAAGGGAAUUGGUUCAGAAAUGCUCCUUACAUCUGCAAUAUACUUGGAAGUAAAUAUCCUUACCUUAAUGAUAUCAUAAAAAAUGAAUCAUAGAAGGUGAUAUUGAAAGUGUGAAGCUAUAACCGAAGCAGAGCAAGAGAGGACCAAUCAACUGUAGAGCAAUCAGUGCUGGGUCUUCUAUACUGUGGAGACCCUGUGACAGUUAUAUAUUUAGCUUGAAGGGUAGAUGAGGUAUUUUUGUGGGUGGCGCGAACGUGGUGGAGACUAAUUUAAACCUUUUGAGUGUAACAAAUGCCUUAGUGUUUUAUUGUUGUUGUCUAGCACUUUGACACAGACUGACUUCUUCAUCAAUUCUUUGUAGUUAACCAGAGUAUAAAUGUAUUGUAGAGCUUUUUCCAUAUUUUAUAAUUAACCAGAGUGAAGUGGGCAUGGUAGAUAGAUAGGUAUCAUCAGUUGUGUUGUUUCAAGUGGUCUGAUAGCCAUCUUUAAAAUUCUUGUUAUUUUUUUACUAAGUAAAAGCAGUCGCCCAUAAAUUUCCAUAGAUAGUCACAUUAUGGUGGUAGUAACAUACUCUGGGGUAUUAAAGCUUAAACUAUCAUUAUAAAGAAUCUGUCCCAUGGAGCUAAAGUAAAUAGCACAGUGUUAAACUGUAUUUUAUUUAGAUGAAAUUGAAAAUGAAAUAAUUGAUAAAGACAUUUAAAGGUCAGUUUAUUGGCCAGAUAACUGUCAAUUAAAUUAAAUGUUAUGAAUUGCAUUGACAUUUAAAUGUUAAUGUUCAAGUUUCUCUAAGGAAAAGUCAGAAUAAUUAAAGAAAUAAUUGUAAUAUUUCUACACCACAAAGUAUUCAAUUAUUCACACUAUAUUUAUACAUAUAUAUUUAUAAGAAGUCGAAUGCCAGGGAGUGUUAUAAUCUUUAUAUUUAGUUUACACUAAACUUUAUGAUUUGAAAACACAUAAUUGUUCACAUAUUUUUAUUCUCAUUGUGAUUCGUUGUAAAACAAUCAGAAACAUGUACAUGUCCUGAAAAAUACAUCUCCAGUACCAAAACAAUUUUCUGCCAAAUACCAAUAUGACAUGAAGCUUUUUAUGUAUUCAUGCAGUAUUGUAGUUUAACAAAUGUGAUAUUUCAGAGCUGAUAUCAACUUGCCUGUGAAUAUCUUUCAGUGGUAUGUACUUGUUUCAAGCUAGUGUCAGUCUCUCUUCAUUUGCACAACAGCUUCAUUUGUACACUAAGUACCUGUAGACUGAGUAGCUAACACUUGUCUGUGACUCCCAGCCUGUUACUAGUAAUACUGGUGAAGGUGACGCUUCUUAAAUUGUGUACAUGAGCAUGUUAUAUUCUCCAGUCACAGAUAUUACUGUAUAAUCGUUUAGGUUAAAAUUAAUUUAUCGUCUGUGUCCCUGCUAUUUUUAUUUCCUACAAAUUGAUAUUCCCUGUUAUACGAUUUGAUCAAUAGCAUUUAUUUUAAGGCUUUUGUGAUGUAUCUGGAUAUUACCUAUUUGACCAAUGUUUAAUAUGUCUUCAAACAGAAGCUCUAAGCUUUAUUGUGGCAUAUGACUGCUGCACACUUGUGUGAUAAACUAACAGAACAAUUACAAAUAAAAUCCACUUGAUUAAUUUACUUUUGUUCCUAUUUGAAAUAUAUGAGUGUAUAUAUGUGAAUUUGUCUGUGUCCAUGGUAACUGUAUACCUGCUGGUAACUAUUUAGAGCAUUCAAAAAGUUACUGAAGAAAAAACCAUGAUUAAAUUCAAAUACACACACACAGUAACAGGAGGAACAAAGGCUCAUUUUAAAGUGUUUGAACAUGGAGCAUCUGUGCAGUUUAUCACACCAAUGUAAGAAACAUUCACAGAGAGAGCGAGCAAGAGAGAGAGAGAGAACGAGAGAGAGAGAGAGAGAGAGAGAGAGAGAGAGAGAGAGAGAGAGAGAAAGACAGGUCAGCAUUUCAGGCAGAAUUUAGGGUUUAUGUGUGUGGGUGCGUGUCUAAGUACACAUUCACAUCUAAAAUUUAAACGUUUGAACAUAAGCUUUAGUGUUUAGUCUUUUCCUGUUAAAUUUAGUCAGGUUAUUUUAGGAUCUGCACUUUCAUUCUUGAGUCCAGGAAUUUUGUGCCUUAGUGUGUACUUCCAAUUUUGCAAUUGCCAUUUUCCAAAUUGGACCUUAACAGACAUCUGCUGAUUUUAACGUUUCUAUAAUAUGUACAUUGUUACAAGAUAAAUAAAUAAAUAAAUUUGUAUAACACAAUUUGAGCAAAACGAUAUUUAAAGCA